CGUCUUUCGUUGAAACAUUCUUCGCUGACAUCACAAAACAUUCAUUCCUUUCUCGCGUAUUUACCUCCACGAAAAGCUCUUUUGAGCUAAAAUGCCGACUUGGUGUAUAGUCCGAGGUUGUAAAAAUACCUCGAGAAAGAAAGGAGAUUCGGAUUUAUCAUGGCAUGCUUUCCCACAUCAUGACGAAAGCUUGUGUACAGAGUGGAUGGUUCGAGUGAAAGGUCUCGAAGAGGCACAAACUCGGCAAGUGAACAAGCACUGGAAGAUUUGCAGCGAACAUUUUGAGCCCUCAUUAAUCGAGAAAACAUUAACAGGAAGAAAAAGGCUCAAGAAAGGCGCUGUGCCGACGAUAUUUGACCAGAAAGACAUCAAGAGACGGCGUGAAAGCAUGGAAGAACAUCGACAAAAGAUGGUAGCUGCAGAAAUAGCCUUCAUGAAUGGAGAAAGUAUCACAAUCGAGCCAAACGAAGACAUAGUUCAAAAUGUUUCAGAAACCUCUAAUGAAGCACAAAAGUUAAAUGGACUAAAGAGAGUUUUAAAAGAGCUCAAGCAAGCCAAGAAGAGYCAAGAUACAAACGAAACAGUUUUCUCCGAUAGUGAAACUAGCWCUGCAAACAAUGACCAAACCAGAAAUCUCAUCGCAUACACACAUGUUGUACCUAUUUUGACCGAGAAAGAUUACUACGAAGCGACAAUCACAAAACUUAGGGUUGAAAACGACCAUUUACGAUACGCGCUCAAUCAUGACAGGCAACAAUGGUCUCAGACGGAGAAAGARCGAGAAAGAAUCGCGGCAGAAAAUGCAGAACUGAAGAAAGGUCUUGAAGACGAGAUGCAACUUCGAAAAGGUGUCCAAGAYGAACUUACAAGAGAACUCAUGAAACGCUCYAAAGUYGAACAAGAAUUAGAAUCRAUUUCUUUUAACUUUCAAAAUUUGUCUAAAACUCCAAAGUUUAUGCAUUACUAYUCAGGUUUUACUGCAGAAGAGUUUGAAAACUUCAUUGAUUUUCUUGGCCGCAACACUUGUGAGAAUCUUAGCUUUGGAGCUGGAGAACGAGGAAAAAGCAUGUUUCAAGAUGGUGUUGAUAUAUCACAACAACGAAAUCCUCCAGGACGAAAACGCAGUCUGAAUCCAAGAGAUCAACUUCURAUGUCUCUAUGUAGAGUACGCCUGGGACUUACAUGCCAGGACCUUGGUGUCAGAUUCCAAAUGUCCAUGGCUCARGUAUCAAGAAUAACUGGCUCRUUUAUAACACUGAUGAAAACACGGUUUGUCGAAGCAAGGGUGUGGCCUGAAAAUGAACACRCCCAUAUCCAUAACAACCAAUGGCCAGAACUCCUGAAACCAUUUCAYCAGCGAGUGAGAGCAUUAAUUGUAUCAUUGAAAUCACAUUUGAAAAAUGUUGCACGUUUUCCCCAGCAUGCAUCAAUGGUUACAAAGGACACACCCACAAGUAACAUAAGUAGUAUUCAGGACGCAUUGUAAUGUGGUAACAAUGAAGAUAUUUGAAAAGUAAAAUCAACUCAUUUGUCACAAUAAGUUUUACAUUAUAUCUCUAAAUGUCAAACAAGACCAUUGCAAAUACUUUUCCCAUUAGCUUUGUUAUUAUACUUACCYAGGUCUAACAUGAUCUGUCUUAAGAUGGAUAGUUUUUGAUGGAUUUCGCUUUUUGCUGAUGUUCUUUUCUGCAGCGAUUCUGGACUAUCAUCACUAUCGUUACUGGUUAUGUUGAGUUUUCCUAUAAAAGACAUUUAUUUAAGUCACCAAUACAUGUAGAAAAAGUGAAGUUUUAGAGUGAGAUCCAUGUACCGUAACACUAUAUGUUACAUGGAUGCUGUAAAUAAUCAGUUGUACAUGUGAAAUAUAUUUAACUUAAAUGUUAUCCACAAGCAAACGUUUUGAAUAAAGUACACAAUUUCACUAGCAGCUUGGUUGAUUGAAGAAGUAUGCAUGACAUGUUUUGUAAAUAUAUUUAACUUAAAUGUUAUCCACAAGCAAACGUUUUGAAUAAAGUACACAAUUUCUCUA